CACAUUCAGUUGCCAAAGUUGUCGAACGUUGCAGAUAGAAAUUCAAUUAAUAGAGCCGACAUGAGUCCCUGUUUUACAAGUCGGUGAGGCAUGUUUGUUCUAUUGAUCAUAUUUCUAUCUGAAUGUUCCAAAACGCUGUGUCCUGCUGAACGCGCCCCUGCACUCAAUAUCCCCCGAGUGCGCCAAGUCAAUGGUACAGUCCACAGUCUUAGCUUGUUGAAUGGAAUUUGGGUCAUUCCACUGUAAGCCUUUCCUAUUCUAUAAGGGUAAUGUGAGGUAUUUAUAUUAAUUUUGAAUAGCUUCCAUUGAUAGAGACUUUGUUAAAUAUACCCAGACAAAACAGAAAGAAUAAAAAACACUGUGGAAUGUCACACGACCUGAUUUGGGGCUGGUAAGCGAAUGCGUAAUUAACGGAUCUCCACCUCUCCAAUCAGCCGGAGUGAGUGACUCCAGAAUCUAUUCGCAGCUGCUCCACUACCCUCCGCAUUUGGAACUGAACAGCUGCUAAAACGUUUGAACAAUUUUUCAGAAUGCGAACAGGGCAUGCUAUCAGACAGGGGCGAACCGGUGCUGUAUCUCAACCAGCAGAAUAAUGGCUGAAGACUAUUGGGAGAGCACACUGGCUUUGGGAUAUUUUUGCUAAGAUUACAAGGGCAUACGGGAUCUCGCGUCCUCGGAGAGAUUGAACAGUGGCUACCCCUCCGCCCUCUGCGUCUCGGCCCCCGCCCUCCGCGUCUCGCCCCCCACCCUCUGCGUCUCGCCCCCCGCUGCCCCCUCUGAUGGACCGCAUGAGGAAGAUCAAGCGGCAGCUGUCCCUCACCCUGAGGGGGGGCAACAGUGGGGACAAGACCAGCGAGACCAUCAGCCCUCAGGACACAGCGCACAGUCACAGUGACUCCGAGACCAUGUCAGUGCGGGGCGGUGGCACUGGCAGUUUGCGGGGUUCAGUGCGAGCCGGUGGUGGUGGAGGCUCGUUCAGCAUGCACUCCCUGCUCCAGUCGUACGGCUCCGCCCUGCGCCGACCACGCAGCCUGGGCCGCAGCCUCAGCUCCUAUCUCAACCACACCACACGCCUGGAGAUAGUCCAUGAAGAUGUGAAGAUCGGCUCUGAUGGGGAGAGUGACCAGGUCUCGGCCACCUCUUCUGAUGAAGUACACAGUCCUGUCAAGGUCCGCCUCAGGAACAACUCUGUACGCAAGAUAUCCACCGAGGAUAUAAACAAGCGGUUGUCCUUGCCUGCGGACAUCCGUCUCCCAGACGGCUACCUGGAGAAGUUCUGUCUGAACAGUCCUCUUUUUGACAAGCCUCUGAGCCGGAGGCUAAGGAGAGUCUCCCUGUCAGAGAUUGGCUUUGGGAAGCUGGAGACCUAUGUGAAGCUGGAUAAGCUAGGAGAGGGAACCUAUGCCACGGUAUACAAAGGGCGCAGCAAGCUGACAGACAACCUGGUGGCCCUGAAAGAGAUCCGGUUGGAGCACGAGGAGGGGGCUCCCUGCACCGCCAUCAGAGAGGUGUCUCUGCUGAAAGAUCUGAAACACGCCAACAUAGUGACCCUCCAUGACAUAAUCCACACGCAGAAGUCUCUCACGCUGGUCUUUGAGUACCUGGAUAAAGACCUUAAGCAGUAUCUGGAGGACUGUGGCAACUCUAUCCACAUGCACAAUGUGAAGCUCUUCCUGUUCCAGCUGCUGCGUGGCCUCAACUACUGCCACUGCCGCAAAGUCCUCCACAGAGACCUCAAACCCCAGAACCUGCUCAUCAAUGACCGCGGAGAGCUCAAACUGGCUGACUUUGGCCUGGCCCGGGCUAAGUCCAUUCCCACCAAGACAUACUCCAACGAGGUGGUGACGCUAUGGUACCGUCCCCCAGACAUCCUCCUAGGAAGCACUGACUACUCAACACAGAUAGAUAUGUGGGGAGUGGGUUGUAUCUUCUAUGAGAUGUCUACAGGCCGUCCCCUGUUCCCUGGCUCCACAGUGGAGGAGGAGCUGCACUUUAUCUUUAAACUGCUAGGUACACCCAAUGAGACGUCUUGGCCUGGAAUCACCUCCAAUGAGGAAUUUGUCUCGUACAACUACCCCCGGUACAGAGCGGACUGUCUACAGAACCACACACCCAGACUGGACAAUGAAGGAGUGGAACUGCUGUCCAAACUGCUGCAGUUUGAGGGAAAGAAGCGCAUCUCAGCAGAGGAGGCCAUGAGGCAUCCAUACUUCCACAGUCUGGGAGACAGAGUGAUCACACUGCCUGACACUACAUCAAUAUUUGCACUUCAAGACAUUCAGCUGGAGAAGGAGCCCGGAGAUAGAGCCAGCUCAUUGUCUGACUCGGUGAACAGCAUAUCUCGACGACAGAGCCUGCUCUUCUGAGUGGAGUGGGAGAAACACGGAUGAACGAGAGGACGAGAAGCUGAGACAUUUCCGUGUGCGAUGAAGGGAUACAUAUUUAUCUUCUUUAUACCUUUUGAAUUGUCAUUGUUGGUCCACUUAGUGUUGAGAGAGGGUCACUAGCUGUUUACAUGUGCGACGAGGCUGAGGAGGAUAACUGUUAUUUUCUAAUUUGUUUGCGCUCAAUAUGCACUCUCUCCUCUAAAUAGAAGCGUUUACUGUCACAGACACACUCUUACCAUCACAUAUACUGUAAAUGCUGACAGGCAAAGAAAGCCUUACUGUUUUUCCUUAUAUAGCUAGCUACUGUGAUGUUUAGUUUACAGGCUGACAUAAUUGCAAUCCUGUAUAAUUCAAUUUAGACAGGAUUGUCAGGACAUUGUCAGGACAUUCUUUGAAUGCAAUAAUCAUCACCCGUAAAUUUUCACGGAUUUGGACCAAAGUUUUCGACUCACUUAAAUUAUGCACAUUGAUAUUGCAAUACCCCUAGCUAGACCCUUUCUAUUUUUGAUUGUAUAAUACCACAAUGAAGGAAUAAUUCGAAAAAUGACGAGGCUUGAAUAAGUGAUGAGUUGUCUUCUAACUGAGGGAGGAGUAAAAUGGCGAGGCUAUAGUGUCUCACCUUGGUCUUCCACACUCCAUCUCCACCACAGCAAGGUUUUACCAUCUAUCCCUCCCAUCUCCACCACAGCAAGGUUUUACCAUCUAUCCCUCCCAUCUCCACCACAGCAAGGUUUUACCAUCUAUCCCUCCCAUCUCCACCACAGCAAGGUUUUACCAUCUAUCCCUCCCAUCUCCACCACAGCAAGGUUUUACCAUCUAUCCCUCCCAUCUCCACCACAGCAAGGUUUUACCAUCUAUCCCUCCCAUCUCCACCACAGCAAGGUUUUACCAUCUAUCCCUCCCAUCUCCACCACAGCAAGGUUUUACCAUCUAUCCCUCCCAUCUCCACCACAGCAAGGUUUUACCAUCUAUCCCUCCCAUCUCCACCACAGCAAGGUUUUACCAUCUAUCCCUCCCAUCUCCACCACAGCAAGGUUUUACCAUCUAUCCCUCCCAUCUCCACCACAGCAAGGUUUUUACCAUCUAUCCCUCCCAUCUCCACCACAGCAAGGUUUUACCAUCUAUCCCUCCCAUCUCCACCACAGCAAGGUUUUACCAUCUAUCCCUCCCAUCUCCACCACAGCAAGGUUUUACCAUCUAUCCCUCCCAUCUCCGUAAGCAUUGCAGUGGGAGAUUAGUUCAGUACCAGGUAGAUUAAUCCAAACAGUGUCAUGGCGGCAUUUGGGGGAAAUCCUCAUGUUGUAUUUAUUUAUUUAUUUUCAUAAUGCUGUGCUUGGCUGAUAUGGUACAAUGGUUUGAAAGAGAAAUGCAGCACUUCUGUUCUAUUUUCACACAACGUUUUGCAAUUCUCUGAGGGAAUCCAUAGCACUUACAGGAAUUCUCCUCAUUCUUGCAGGGAUUUGGGGAACCAAAAACCUGGAGAUGCGAGUUCUCUUUUAUUGAGUAUAUAGACAUGCAUCCAAUACAAAUUGAGCUUCCACAGUGAAACAUCACAACCCUGAUAGGUUUAACGACUCUCUAGGCCACAGGGUACAGUAUUGUUGGGUGUAAUGUAAUUGUGUUUACAUCUCUCCCUGUUUGGAGUGAAAGAGACAAAGUCUGUGCAAAUUGCCCCACUGUGUACGGAGUGAUGUGUGUUCAUCAUUCUGGGGAGAGUGAGAGAGUACACCAGACACAGUGUUACAUCGCCUGCUGAUGUAGUUAGCCCACCUAUCAACCAUGACUGUUGUUGAAAGCAGUGGUUCACAACCUUUUUCAGUUUACUGUAUCACCAACUGAAUGUUGCUCUGCCCGGAGUACCCGUGAAGUACCCCAUCAUGUACAUUUUACCAGUAGGCCUAUGGUCUCAUGAGUCUUCUCAAGUACCCCUGUGGAUAGGUCCUAGUACCCCUGGUUGGGAACCACUGUUCUAAAGCACUUCAGUAUGUGGAAUCGUUGAAAACCAAAGUGAACAUGCAUAAAACUGUCAUCUGAAAUUUCUGGCUCGUCAUUUUGAAUGGGGAUAGAUGUUUCAAACCUCAAAUAACCGAAGUAUACAUUUUUGGAUUGAGGCUGUAACUUGUAGACAAAUGCAGUUGGAUAUGAAUUCUCACCAUCUCAACCUGUGGGUUGGGGUGUGAUCCUAGCAGCGAGAUCUUGUGAACUUAGUAAGUGUGAAUGAGUGAGUGUGUGCUGUCUGGAUGCAUGUGUGAGAGUGAGAGAGUCAGAUGGUCAGAGCAGAGGAUAUGUGUCGUAAAGCACGGCAGUGUUAUAUUGUGGAAAAAGACUAUGGCACGUUGUAAAUAACCUUAGAUUAUUUUACGGAACAGAGCAGAGGACUGUGCAAUGAGAUGAGAGGACCCUCUUCUCAAUAUGUAAUUUUUAAGAUAAGAAUAUAAUUUUCGUACGAUGAUCAUUGAUAAUAUUGUUAUUGUGUUCAUAUUAUUUUAAUGAGAAAAGGUUGUUUGUUCAUAGAAUACAUAAUCAGUGUAGAUUUUUGAAUUUGAUGUUUAUUAUUGGUUUGUUUUCGCUGAUGGUGAAAGUGGCUCUUCCAAAUACAUUCUCAUAAGAAGCAUGGAUAUGUUGCCAUGGAAGGGCUAAUAGGUUGUGGUCGUGAAGUUGCCUCUUGUCCCAUUUAUAUUAGGCAAUAACUGUUGUACUACGCAAUAACAAGUUAUGUAGUAUGUGAACCCUGUCCAAAUUUACCAGUGGAUUGAAUACUUUAUAUCUAACACAAAAAACAAUGAAGUCACAACUAAAAGUAGAACAAAAAAAUACUGGAGACUGUUUUAUUGCCCAUUGUCACUUUUACAUUUGGAUUCAAAUAGUGAGAUUUUGAUAUCAAUGUUGACUAAGAGUUUUUUGUUGUUUGUUAGCCAAGAAACAAGAAAGUUAUUGUAGUUUUCAGUAUGGAUAAAACUGUUUAACAUUUCUUUAGAAAGCAAAACAAGUUCAAUUCUAAGGUGUAGUGCAUGUGCCGAUGUGAAGACUGUGUUCUUUAGUUUAAUUGUCAAGGAGAGUUGGAUUACAGAUUGGACAAUGCAAUCGAGUCUUGGUUUUGAAGCAACUUUACCAUACAACCCAGCAUAUCUAAUGGGCAUGUGAUGUGUUGAUGAGGAAGAGGUUGAAAAGGUGUACGAAUAUGUACUGUAAACUAGUUUGUGUAUAUAUGUAUGUACUGUACUGUAAAUCAUACAAUUUGAAAAGGAAUUUAAACAAACACAAGCAAUACAUUUGGCAAAUGUCUGAUGCAGAAGCCUGCCAAACAAGUUCGUGCUCUGAUAGCAUUUAGGAAUGUAAUGUAAUGUGGAGGCAACAGUACACAGCAUUAUGAUAGGAUGUUCAUCCUAUAGUUGGUUGGGAAAUCUGUGCCAUAUUCAGAAGGUAUAACACUACAGAAUGUUGCAGAUAUAAAUGGAAUGUAGCCUAUGGCGCAACCAACACAUUAGACCGACAUUUUUCUCUGACAUGUUCUUCAUGGCUGCACCUCUGAAUAUGUUCUAGAUCUGUGUGUAUAUUGUAUGGAUAUGUAAAUGCUCAAGAUGUUUUGUGAAGAGAAUGCUUUUGGUUAAUAGGCUCCAUCCACUGUGUAAAAACUGGAUAAGGAUAUUCAAAAGCUCUUUGGAUUGCAGCAAUAGUUAUUAUUUUUCCCAACUGAGCAGCAGUUUGGAAAGGACUACAGUGUAAAUUGUCAAGUGAAAUACCAUUAUGAACCUGUGGUUAUUAUAUUGGUAACACACUGAAAUACCACACCAUUAUGAAGCUGUGGUUAUUUAAUCGGUGACACUGAAAUACCACAGAUAUAUGGCUGACUGUUGAGAGCACCCUUCUGGGUAGCGACACACAAUCUUCCAGGACUUGUCAGAUGGACUAGAUACAUUGAAAAACGGAGCUUGGCACAUUUGCUUUAUGGAAGCAAAAUAAUUCACGCAAAUGCUUUAUUCUUCACAACUACAUACAUUUUGUCAGACAAUGUAAUGGAAAAGAACAUAUUUACAGUCAUAACAGUCACUGGCCAAUGUAAUAUUUGCUCCUGUAUUUAUCUACUCUUUGUGAGUGUCUCAAUAUUUUAAUGUCAUUUUACUACAAACACUUAUCCACAAAUAAUGCCAUUCGGAAUAGUAUUUGAUGAAUGCAAUUGUCCUCUGAGGUUUGAUUUAGGCAAAGUUUCACUUUAAUUAAAUGGGCGUGUAUUAAUGUUCUUCACGCUCUUAGCUCACCCCAGUGAAUUGGGAGGAUUAAGACAGAAUACUAUAGACAGAUUAUUUUGAUUGACUCAUCAUUUUACAAAACCAGAGGGAAAAGAUAGGCUAUUCCCUUUCACUCAAUGUUGUUCAAAUGUUGUCAAAUCUAUAUGAGCUAUUAGUAUAUUCCCCAUUAAAGAGGAAUUCAUUUUAAAAGCUCAAAAUUUACAAACCACAAUUUUGAACAGAUGAUUACAGCAUUGGUUGUGUAAUUCUCCUCCUUUUUAUAGAAAAUAUUUUUGGUGAUAUAAUGCUAUGCUAUAUUGUCUGCAUCUGUACAUUUCAAAUUGUAUUACCUUUUGACUGGAUUUAUUAAGAUAUUUCAUAGUCUCUACCGGUUGAUAUACUGUUAAUUGACAUUUUAGUGAUCCAAUUGACAUUUUAGUCAUUUAGCAGACACUCUUAUCCAGAGCGACUUACAAUUAGUGAGUGCAUACAUUUUUCAUACUGGGCCCCCGUGGGAAAUCAACAAACAAAUGUGUACAACACAGCUAUAAAUGCACGCCUCCAUGUGUAUUGUAAAAGAGCUUUGCUUUUGGCUGCCAUCAGCUUUUGCCUCAGUCCAAUACCAAAGUUAUCUGCAACAUUGCAUGAUAUGAUUCUUCCAAACUUUGCUCAGAAGCUGUCAACUUGCUCUGUGUGUCUUUAAGUCAGCCAUUUUCUUCCAAGUCACUGCAAACUAUAAAUUGCUUUACUGAGUCCACAUACAGUGCUGUGAAAAAGUAUUUGCCCCCUUUCUGAUUUUCUCUGUUUUUGACACUGAAUGUUAUCAGAUCUUCAACCAAAACCUAAUAUUAGAUCAAUGGAACUUAAGUGAAGAAAUGACACAACAAUUACAUACUUAUAUAGUUUAUUUAAUAAACAAUGUUAUGCAACACCCAA